AUGCCCAAAUCAUUUCACGGCGACGAAUCUCUCCCCGUGCGAUCUGGGCCACCGGCUCCGCCAUCGCCGAGCGAUCCGAUCCCCCACAUUGACCCUGAUACCGUUGCUCCCGCCACCCCGACAGAGCUCUCCUCCACUUCAGCGAUUGCGCCACCAGAACCAGCGCCAGCGCCAGCAUCAGCGCCGACUUCCGAAUCACCGCCUGUUCCAACUGCAAAUGAUCGCAAUGUGCCAAAGGUCCGCAAGCCUCGCAAGGCCGCCAACACGGCGGUCAAGUCAACAUUAUUCUGGGUCAAUACGGAUCUGGAUACCGCGUCAGCUGGGAAAAGGGAUGAGACGUUGAAGCGCAUUCGAUCGCAUGUCAUGUCAGAGCAUAAUCGCAAAAAACGAUUGGAAAAUACAAAACGAUAUAAAGGAAAAACCUUCAAACACCUGCCCUUCAAUCCGCCAGAUCAAAUCCCAGGUGUCGGACCGCCUCCGCCUCCGGUACUCUCACCCCCGUUAUCGGCGUCCUCGACUCCAAGCUCGAACAAUAGUCGCAAGGUCUCGUAUGCCGUGGAACAAGAUACAAACCAGGAUUUGGUUACAACACAAGGGAGACGUUAUUUCUCGUCUGUGUCGUCGACAGAAUUGUUGGAGGAUGGAUAUGAUGGGAUGGGUUACCAGAAUAGGGUUCCGCAAAUAUGGAGUCCUUUGGGAUCGGGGGCUCAUGACCCUUUUAAUACUGGACAUACUCAGCUUACGGACCGGAUGAUGCGGCAUCUGCAGAACUUUCUCUGGGAUUUGACGCAAGAGGCACAUCCAUUGCAGAGACGGUAUAAACCUAAGUUGCAAGCGCAUUGGGCCUCCUUGAUUCAGCGAGACCCGGCUAUUCUACACGCGACAAUCUGCAUGUCCACUUCCAAUGCGGCCAUGCAGAGAGGCGAGUUACCUCUGAGAGACCCAGAUGCCAACGUACAGCGUCCUCCUCUUGUCGUUGAUACUAUACAUCACCGCGGUGAGACCAUCCGCCUCGUCAACGAGGGAUUGUCAGAUCCUGUUAAGGCCUCUAGUGAUGAGCUCAUUGCUGCGGUGUCAACAUUAUUGACCAUUGAGAUUGCAUCUGGCAAUGCCGAAUAUAUGAAGAUCCAUCUGGCUGGUUUGCGACAGAUGAUCGGACUGCGCAACAACUUUGCGGACGUUCUCCCGGAUAUCCGCUUUCAGAUUUCAUGGACUGAUAUUCGAGUCGCUUGCAUGACAAUGGAAAAGCCGAUAUUCCAAUUUGUCCGAGCUACACGUCCUGAAGGAUUCACGCUCCUUCCACCCACGGAAGAUGCCGCAUUACUUGCAACCCGCCUAGUCCCCCUGAUCGGAGUCACCGGCAUCUUCAGCGAAACAUUCGCUAAAAUAAUUUACGACCUCCACGAACUAUGCUGGUACGCAGAAUGGGUCAAGGGAAAUAACGGAUACAAAGAAUUCAGCGACGAAACUGAAGAUUACUUCAACUUCGAGGUACUCUCUGUAGAGUACUCCCUGCACCAAGACCGAUUUCUUCCCACCGGCGAACCGAAAGGCGACAACUCCAUCGAGGGCUGCUGCCGCCUAGCCUGUCUAUGCUUUCACAACAGUGCCAUCUGGAACUUCUACCCGAUGAUAGCUCCGCUUCUCCCGAAACCAAUCUUAUGCCUCCGCGCCGCCCUGGAGAAGACUAUUGCAUCUGGACUGUUCGUGUUGUGCCGCGACCUGCUGAUAUGGCUACUUUUCAUCGGUGCAUCAUGUAGCCAAGUCAUGCCUGCUGAGCGCAACUACUUCAUCACCGAGCUGGCAACAGCAACUCGUCUGCAUGGCGUGACUUCAUGGCAGGAAUGUCGAAAUAUCCUGCUCGGCUUCUUCUACACCGAUCGUGUCCACUUGCCUAUGUUGCGCCAGAUCUGGCAGGAAGUCCGGGUGCAAUCGCAGUCACCUGGUAUGUGA